UCAAGAUUAUGAUAAGAUACGACAUUAAUUACACCUGCAGUGAUUUUUUUAAGUGCAGAGGGCAUGGACUUUAAGAUAUUGGUCUCAUUUCUUUUAAUUUCCCAUUCUUUAGCAAAACAUGAAAAAUAUAAGGGAUACACGGUAUACGAUGUUGUUAUUCGUGAUCGGAACGACAACGCCUUACUAGAUGGUGUUAAAGAUGAGUUCCAUCUGGACAUCUGGAAAUUUGGAAAUCCAACACGCGAUGCAGCAGUAAUGGUUCCACCGGAAUAUCAGGCUUCAUUUACAAAAGCUUUGAUUAACAAUGGAGUAGAGUAUAGAAUAAGAGAGAACAUCUUAAGCGCAUUAGGUGAAUUCGAAAAAGAAUGUAAUCUUUGGAAUCAACGACGCAACGUAGCACAGCCAUUUACGUAUUACGCGCGGAUGGCCGAGAUCAAUGCGUACAUGGAAAGAUUAUCACGUGAAUAUCCUGAUAUCGUGACAUUAGUAACAGCUGGUCAGACUUUCGAAGGCCGAUCUGUUAAUUAUCUCAAGAUAUCUACAACGAACUUCGAGGAUAAAACUAAGCCAAUAUACUUCAUGGACGCUGCGAUGCACGCCAGAGAGUGGUCGACCCCUCCAGUGGCUCUCUACACCAUGCACAGGCUGGUGGAAGAUUUACGGAAUGAAGACAAGGAUCUUAUACAGGAUAUUGACUGGAUUAUACUACCAGUUCAAAAUCCAGACGGCUAUGAGUUCACACAUACAGAUGAGCGAAUGUGGCGCAAAAACCGAUCAUUCAACGCGAGCGUCUCCAAUUGCAGCGGUGUCGAUCUAAACAGAAAUUACGACAUAUUCUUCGGCGAGUCCAACGCCUCCCAAGAUCCAUGCGCCGAGUCGUUCAGCGGCCGUUAUCCGUUUUCCGAAAUAGAAACCCGGAAUAUUAGAGAUAUACUCCAUACAUAUCUGGACCGUAUUCAAAUUUACAUGAAUAUUCAUAGUUAUGGAAGCUACGUGCUUUAUGGCUUCGAUAACGCCACUUUACCGACUAAUGUGGCGCGCAUACAUCAGGUCGGUGCAAGCAUUGGUGCUCAAAUUGAUACCAAGAAACUACCUGAAGCGUAUCAUUAUCAUGUUGGUAACAGUUAUUUUGUUUUGUAUCCGGCUUCGGGGACAUCGCAGGAUUAUGCGCAGGACAUCGGUGUACCAUUUUCGUUGACACUGGAAUUGCCUGAUUUCCAAAAAUAUGGUUUCCUUGUUCCACCAAAAUAUCUUCCUCAAAUAAAUGAAGAAACUUGGAUGGGUAUUGCAACUGCAGCGAGACUUUCCGUGUUAUUUUAUAAAGAAAGAAUAAAUUAAUGGUUUGA